GAUGCGUAAAAUGGAAUGCCUCGCGGUUGCGAGACAUCCAUUGGACUCUCUUCUUCUGUCUGAUCUUUUAACGGUGGUAGAGGCACGCAGCAGCUUUUGCUGUUGCACGUAUGAGCCGGGUUAGUACCACGACCUCACAGAAUACCGGCGUGAAGUGGAAGCUCUGCUUCUGCGUUUCGUCUGGUGAUUGCAGGUGACCGGAGGCCCAAUCCCGCCCCCCCCCCAUCAACAUGGUAGCGGAAUUACAUCAUAAACUAUCCCAGGAGGGUACCAGUACCCCUGGAGAAUCCCUCGCUGAGCAUCCACGACCAUGCUAUUCCACUCCUGAUCGUGGGUGCUCAGGCUGCCCCGCAUAUUCUGGGGGGGGGGGGGGGCGAAAUUCCGCCCAACACAAUAACUGCUCGGGGCAAACUGAGCAACAAGACCAAGGCGACUCCUACUACGCUAUCCGUGAAUUUCUGCAACAUCAGGGGACUUCACUCGAACCUAAACGCCGUCCACUACCAUCUCGAGACGGCGAAGCCGGCCUUGCUCUUUCUGACCGAGACGCAGGUGUCCCCUCCGGCUGAUACUUCGUAUUGAUAUAUUGAUUUACAUAUUAUUAUUAUUGAUAUACAAAUUGGAGCACUCCUUUGUGCCUCGGGCUGGAGUUUGCGUGUAUGUCAGAGAGGACAUCUGUUCUCGACGCCUCGGCAGUCUUGAAGGUUCGGACCUGUCCAUCCUUUGGCUACGCGUAGACAGCGACGACCAUCCGCGCGUCUACGUGUACCUCUAUAGGUCCCAUAGCGGUAAUACCGAAACAGACCGACUCAUCGACCACGUCCAAAUGGCUACAGAUUCCUUGCUACAACAGGUCCCUUCCGCAGAGAUCGUGAUCCUUGGCGAUUUAAACGCCCACCACGCCGAAUGGCUCGGUUCACGUUUAACCGAUCAUGCGGGGAGAUCUGUUUAUGACUUUGCCUUGGCAUAUGGUCUGACACAACUGGUUACUUCGCCUACGCGGAUUCCAGAUGUUGAGGAUCAUACACCUUCCCUGUUGGACUUUCUGCUGACCUCUCAUCCGGACGGAUAUCAGGUUUCCGUCGAUGCCCCUCUUGGCUCUGCGGACCAUUGUCUGAUCCGGAGUGUGGUGCCACUCACGCUCCCCUCACGGUUGCGUUCUGUAGGUUGCCGCCGUGUUUGGCAUUACAGGUCGGCGGAUUGGGACGGAAUGCGGUCUUUCUUUGCUUCCUACCCAUGGGGGCGGGUUUGCUUCUCGCCGGAUGAUCCCAGCGCUGUUGCUGACUCUGUCACUGAUGUGUUGCUACAGGGAAUGGAACUAUUUAUUCCAUCAUCUGUGGUACCCAUCGGAGGCAGAUCUCAGCCUUGGUUUGGUCGCUCCUGUAAGACUGCAUUACGCAGUAAGCAGGAGUGUUAUCAAGCCUGGGCUGCGGCUUCGGUGACUCGGGAUGUAAACACCAGCAUACUUAAAAAGAAGUAUAACUUUGCCUCCAGGUCCUUCAAAAGAGUUAUUGCCAAGGCAAAGUCAGAGCACAUAGGCAGAAUUGGCGAGAAACUAGUUCGCCUUCCUUCGGGAACCCGUGCAUUCUGGUCUCUCGCCAAGGCUGUCCAAGGGAAUUUCUGUAAGCCAUCACUACCAUCUCUGUACAGGAGGGACGACUCACUGGUCCACGACGCAAAAGAGAAAGCCGACCUUUUAGGCUCCCUUUUUGCGUCCAACUCGACUGUUGAUGACGGGGGGAACACACCGCCGACCAUCCCGCGGUGUGAGUGCUCCAUGCCGGAUGUGCAGUUCUCACAGCGCUCGGUUCACAGAGCACUCCUCUCCCUUGACAUCCUCGGGUCGAGUAGGGCCUGACGGAAUCCCCCCAAUUGUGCUGAGGACGAGGACGUGUGCUCCGGAGUUGGCACCGGUUCGAACGUGUCUUUUCCGGUACUCCUACUCCCAAGGCGUAGUCCCGAAUUCAUGGAAGACACUUUUUGUCCACCCGAUUCCUAAAAAAGGCGACCGCUCAGACCCGUCCAACUACAGGCCUAUCGCCAUCACUCCCUUGUUCUCCAAAAUAAUGGAAUCCGUUAUAAACUACCACCUCAAGCGGUACUUUGAGGAUCACCAGCUGAUUAGUGACCGCCAGUACGGUUUUCGUCGGGGUCGAUCAGCUGGUGAUCUUCUGGUCUACUUAACUCAUAGAUGGACGGAGGCAGUAGAGUCCAAGGGGGAGGCAUUGGCCGUUAGUUUAAACAUUGCGAAGGCCUUCGAUCGGGUUUGGCACAAAGCGCUUCUUUCGAAGCUCCCUUCCUAUGGGCUCCCCGAGAAAUUAUGCAAUUGGAUCACCAGCUUUCUUGCACAUCGGAGCAUCAAGGUCGUUGUAGACGGUGCAUGCUCCGACUACAAGCCUAUUAACGCUGGUGUUCCACAAGGCUGGGUGCUAUCACCUCACAUGGAAUACUGUUCCCAUCUCUGAGCUGGGGUUCCCCAGUGCCAGCUCCUUCCACUUGACCGCAUCCAGCGUAGAGUGGCUCGAAUUCUCGACGACCGAGUCCUUUCCGAUCGGCUCGACUCAUUUGCGCUGCGAAGAGAUGUUGCAUCUCUUUGCAUUUUCUUUCGCUUGUACCACGGGGAGUGCUCUGAGGAAUUGUUCGGAUUAAUCCCAGCCGCCAAAUUUCACGAACGCACAUCGCGGCAGAACUCGCGAUACCAUCCACAUCAUCUGGACGAUUGGCGGUCCACCACUGUGCGAUUUAGAAGAUGUUUUCUUCCUCGCACAACUUCCUUGUGGAAUAGUUUACCGCCAGCGAUUUUUCCGGACGGAUACGACUUAGGGACCUUCAAGAAAAGAGCCUACUCCUUUUUAAAGGCCGGCAACGCAUCUGUAAUUCCCCUGGUGUUGCGGUUGUUCAUGGGCGGCGGUAGUCACUUACCAUCAGGUGAGCUGCAUGCUCGUUUGCCCCCUCCUAUAAAAUAAAAUAAAAAAUAAUUUUAAGUGCGUUACUCAGAACUUUUUGAACUGAUUUUGAUGAUUCUUUUUUUAUUUGAAAUCUGGUGCUUCUCAUGUGGUCGCAUAUAAAUUUGAUCAAGACCUGAAAAAUAGUUUUUGAGUUAUCCUUAAUAAUGCGCCUUUAAUUGACUUCAACUACACUGAUGGUGUUCUCAUUUUAUUUAUAUUGAAGUCGGUUGUACAAUCUUUUUAAUUUUACCACUUGUUUCUUUUAGUAAUGGUGACAAAUACACAGUUCAUUUGAUGUUACCAACAUUUAUCCUCAAUUUUUUUAAAUAUAUAUAACAAUCAAAAUGGAAAUGUCUAGUCAUUCCUGAGGUAUUACUCCUACUAAGAUAUUCCAUAUUACCGGUAAAUAGGGUAUCCGGUUCUCGUCACUCACUAUUGAAGACAGCAGAGUUGUGCUAAUAUUUUACGCGGAUUUUCUGUAUGAGCAUGAUGCUUACUAGCUCGACACGACUCAUUCAUCAGCUAUACACGGAAUGUGUAGCACAGAGCCGGUACCUGCGCACUUAUAACGCUGUUCCGCAUCACCAUUCUGUGAUAUCCAAGUUAUACAAAUUGAACACCAUAUUAUUAUGUUUUACUACUUAUCAAUUAAAACGGUUUGCAUAGUUAGAAAAAAAUAAGUUAAAUGCAUUGAAUAAAUAUGUAGGUACUACGUAUUAGAAGAGACGUCACUUCAAUCAUCAACCACACACACGCAAUGCCGCACAGAUUUUGUUUGGGGUGUCAGUUCUAAAGUCUAGUCAGUUUCCGUCAUUAUUAUUCACUGCCACUAGUGCAAAAAUAUCAAUUAUCAUUUUCCGAGUAAACAACUGGAUAACAUAUCUAAGCAAAAGCAACGUCAGCUUUUUUCCAGAAGUUAUCAAGCCGAAAGUAUACUUCAAGUGUACUGCCCAAACUGCUGAAUAGUAGUUUACUCAGACAUUAAUCGAUCAAAUUUUUUAUUAUAUUAAUUUAGAUACACAAUUUUACUCAGCAUUUCUAUGUUACUUGGAAUUAACGUUUUUUUGUUCUAACAGGUUUCCUGUGUAGUCCACUACCUUUGAAUCUAAAAAAAAUUAAACCUAUAAAUGCUGCUGCCAAUGAUAUUUUCUUUUAUAUAAUUAUUUACAUUACCUAAUAAAGCUUGUAAUUGUUAUCAAUCAAGUCUAUAUUAUGCCGAAUUUUUCUGUUACUUAAAACAUUUUCUGUCGUGUAGGUAUCAUACCUGUCUCUACCACGCCUGCGUCGCUGUCUGCUACAUUAAGCCCUCUAGCAGCAUAUCAUUUGAGCAGUUACCAAUGGGCGGUAUCUUUGUUGAACAACACUUCUGACUGCAUCACACUACAAACCAACGGGACCCAAGUGACCCUUAAGCUUACGAAAGAUUCCGCUGCUCCUAAGGCUGAGGGCGGCGACACCGAAUGCCCAAGUGCAACAGACAACUCGGCAGGCCUGUGCGUGUAUCUGACGCGAUGUGACGCGGCCCAAAGCAUCACCGUCGACGUCUACAGCCGCGCCUACUGCGUAGUCAGCGAUGGUUACGCUGGUGUUUGUUGUCCAAAAAGUGAAGUAGACAAGACGCACUGAUGCAUCCGUAGCACGGGAGAAUCUAAACUUGUUUACAUUGUGAUUACAUAUACAUUAAAUGUUAAGGUUUUCUAGAUAAAAAUAUUUAUGGGUGGCUGUGAGUUUAUAGUGUGUAUAUUAAAAAUUCAAACUCACAAAACACAUUUUGUACAGGUACUAUAAAAAAUACUUGAAUGUAUUAAGUUCUUAGUAAGGCAUUAUAUCAGCACCACAUAUUACAGAUGUUUUGAAAUACAAAACACAAGCGUGCUGACUUAAAAAAUAGCAAUAGUCUCUAAUUUUGUAUGAUCCUGUGAAACAAAUUGUGAC